GUCACGCUGCCAGCCGCCAUGAUUGUUUUCGUCAACUUUGAUAAGUGAGGUCGGUCUGGCGACACGCAGGCGCAUUUCGUAGACCACUCGGACCUGUAUUCGACGCAGCGGGCGAAGAAAAAAAACCACAGCCAUGUAUUGCCUGCAGUGGCUCAUUCCCGUGCUGCUCAUACCCAAGCCCAUGAACCUGGCGUUGGUUCAGAAUCACGUGAUGUUCAUGGUCCUCUACCUGACUGGAUUCUUCCUGGAGCGCAAGCCGUGCACCAUUUGCAGCCUGGUGUUCAUCGCCGCCGUGUUCCUCAUCUGCUACAGCGGCAUGGGGAACUGCAUCUUCUCGCUAUUCGUCAACUGCAAUUCGGUGACCUGCGAGCCGGGCACGUAGCGUUUGCGUCGUGCCUGUUGUUUUUUUUUGUGUUCUUUUUUUCUUCGCCUGCCUGACCUCCCCCCCACCCCUUCCCGUUUACCUCGCCACAUCGAGGGUAUUCGUCGUGUCGCCGUCGACUUUUCUGCACCUGUGGAAAAUGAAAACUGCGAUCUAGAAAUGGUGGAUGACCUUACUGCUACUACGACGCAUUCACGGGACUGCCUGAAGAGCCGCCCACCUCCCCACCCCCCUUAAAAAAAAGAAAAAAAAAUAUCGCACGCGUUAUGGCGCCCAUACUGCGGUUGUUGGACUCUGAGCGCUUGCGUAGUUUGUGGACGGAUGAGUCUUUCGCGAUUGCCGAGCGAAGGAAAAGGACAGAAAGAAAACCUUCCAGUCUUCCCCGUGUGUAGUGUGUGGACUCUUCUUUGCGAAGUCUUUCUGCGGCGGCCUGCCUUCUGUACGCUUUGGAUACACCCCAAACACAACACAGCGCGUCGUAAUGCCUGGCUGCAAGUAGCCUGGAAGACUUUCAGCUGGCCUAUGCGUACCCCCGUUUCCCGAACCUUACUCGUUCAAGCAAACACGCACUACCAUGUUCCGCGUCGCAGUUUCUCGCAACGACUUUUUUGUUGUUGUUCUGACUUUCCUCCGUCCUUUACUUUUUCGCCGUUUCUUUCCUUUGUCUCUCUUGAUUACUAUAAGUGAACGGGGACUCUGAAAACUACAGCUGUGGCUAUCGUGGUCCGUUUUUUUUUUUUUUUCGCAUUUUGUCGUGGACAGUCGCGUUGCUCUCUAAAUAAAGGAGUGGUG